AUGCAUGGACCUCCCUACGCUGCUGCAGCGGGGAAUCUUGAAACGCACUCAUCGAGCAUAGAGCUUAGGUGUCCCUCAGUCCAGCCUUCCAGUCUUCCUCUCUCCCUCAUCAUCCUCUUCUCUACAUCUCACGGCAAGAUAUACCCAACCAUCGCGCAGUAUACGCUGAUAUUCCAAUUCUUUAACAGCAUACUGAGAGAUACACCCGCCAUCUUUUUUGCGUCACGUAUCUUUUCUCCCUUCGACUGCAGAGGUCGGCUUUUUACACGCAAUAUGUUUAACCUGAGGCGUCUCGUCUCCUUCGCCCUCCUCAUUGGAGUUGGCCUGGUCCUUUUCUCCCAGACCGCCGAGGCGGCAAAAGGCCCCAAGAUCACCCACAAGGUCUACUUCGAUAUUGAGCAUGGUGACAAGCCAUUGGGUCGUAUUGUCAUGGGAUUGUACGGGAAGACUGUCCCUAAGACGGCUGAGAACUUCCGUGCUUUGGCUACCGGGGAAAAGGGGUUUGGCUACCAGGAUUCUACGUUCCACCGUGUUAUCAAGGAGUUCAUGAUCCAGGGUGGUGACUUUACCAAGGGCGACGGCACUGGUGGCAAGUCUAUCUAUGGCGCAAAGUUCGAGGAUGAGAACUUCAAGCUCAAGCAUACCAAGAAGGGUCUCCUCUCCAUGGCCAACGCUGGUCCCGACACCAACGGCUCUCAAUUCUUCAUCACCACCGUCGUCACCGCUUGGCUUGAUGGCCGACACGUCGUUUUCGGCGAGGUGCUUGAAGGCUACGAUAUCGUCGAGAAGAUUGAGAAUAUCGAGACCUCGGCAGGCGACAAGCCUGUUCAGACUGUAAAGAUCGCCAAGAGCGGCGAGCUCGAGGUCCCGCCUGAAGGUAUUCACGUUGAGCUUUAA